AUGGCUUACAUCCUGUUAUCAGUUACUCACACGUUAGUGAGAGUGAGUUUACGAGAUGCUUUACGAAAGACCCACUGGGAAAGAAGGCAGCCCUUCCUUCUGGGUCUCGCGAGUCUGAAUCUCGGGGACAAAGCGGCGCUCCCUCCGGCUCACCUGCCCGCGCCCUUCCCCCACCUGACCACCCUCUCCGCCACCCCCCCCCCCCCCCCCCCCCCCCCCCCCCCGCCGCCACGGUGUCACAGGGUUCCCCCCCGCGGGUGCGGGCGCUGGCGCGGCGCGGAGCCCCGUCCCCGUGGAGGUCUUGCCCGGCCCUGGCCCCGGAUCAGGACUCGGGUAACUCACCCGGGACACGCUGCCCUCGCUGUCCGCGGAGAAGCAGUCCCUGCUACGCGCACCGCCUCACUGGCUCGGGGCGGGCGAGGCUCAGGGGUUUAUUCCCGCAGCUGGCCCGAGGCUAAGGGUAGGUCAGCCGCGCCCGCGCAGUGGGUGGAGCCGCCAGGCCACGUAGGCCCGCGCUCCUUCUUUCCUGCCUUUCUUUUCCCCCUGGCGGCCAGAUGUACAGGCCCGGACAUUUAUUUGGUCGCCGUGGCCGGACGCGCGCGCCGGGAUUUCGAAGAGUCAUCCCUGGGUGUCGAAAAAUUCCGAUAUCCAGGCUGCCUCCUGGAUUAUGAAGUCAGAAUUUCUGGGUUGGAAAGGGCCCAGACAUAUACGCCUUGUGCCUGGCGUGUGGACAAUAGGGGCCAGCCUGGAUGAGGAGAGGUUCCAGGCUUCGGAGACAGAAUGGGCCAACAUGUGGAGGUGAGUGACACCAGGGAGUGGCAGUGGACUCUGGCCCAGACGAAUUGGUCAUGGCCUUCAGAUCACACCUCCUGCCUGUAAGAAAUCAGAUGGGCAGCCAGUGGAAGACACCAGCCUACGUAGUCUCCGUGUUUUCUCUGGACAAAAUUCUGGGCUGUUACUUUACUUUCUGGUGAGAAGUUCAGAGUAGACCUCGGGAAAGAAAUCGCGAGCAUUAUUAGAAAUCUCAUUAAGACAAAUAUGAAUGGAAAGCA